AUGUUGCAACAACAACAACUCAACGAAAUUCUUCGAUGUUUCGAUGUUCCCUUAUUCUUAAUCAAUGGACAACCACCUGUACAGAAUAACUGCGAUCUUAUGCCAAUUGGUCAACAGUUUCCCAAUGACUACAGCCAAGUCUUAUACUUUUGCACAAUGAAAGUGGGAAAACAACGAGAAAUCUUUGUCAGCUCAAUCAAUACCACAUUCAACGAUCGUCUCGACUAUGCGAUCUCGUUUCGGGUUCAACAAUGGGUUAACGUUUCCAUGUCGGUUCUCGUAUUCCCAGCCAGUGCUAGUCCCCAUCUUGAACAAAUCGACCAAAUUUUGGUUCGACGCAAUGUCGAUUUGACGUGUCUUUUCCUGGGACACUACUUGGCUUUCUUUGGCUCAGAUCCUGGUUUAUUAAUGAAAAAUCCAAUCAAACUUGGCCUCGGUUCGGCAUACCAAACACUUCGCUCAAGAGCCAGUGUCACCACAAUAUUCACUACCGAUGAUUGCACUUUUUGCCUGUACACUCGGACAGAAAAUGAACUUUACCCAGUAACGAUUGGAUAUCCCGAACUUCUGACAUCACACAAUUACCCUUGGAUCUUCGAUGAUCCAUCUGAAUUUCCCGAUUGUCAAAUAUUUCACCCGGAAUUUUUCUCACUAAAACCCGACGAAAAAUUGGAGUUGUCUGUGAUUUCGGUGGAAAACGGGAACCUAACCCUUUACACUAGUAAUGAGCUAGUGUGCGUCUUGGCGAAAUUCCCUCAAAAAUUCAGUUUGGUAGCAAAUUCGACGGAAAAGCAAAUAUUUGAGGGUAACUGUAUCAAGUUUGAAUUUUGUUCACUUCCUCUAAACGAGCACUCGGGUUUUGAGAUCGAAAUUGGGCGUCCAGUGGUUGAACCACAAGAUAAGAAAUGUGAAAUGACCAUUGAGCUCACAUCUAAAGAUCCACAAGCUAUUAUUCAUGUUUAUGUUGGUGUUUGCAUUUUGCAACGAUUAGCAUUUGCUUUACAGCCGAUUUGUACACCGUCUAUCAUGCCAUUCUUGUUUAACGGCCGUUCGACUCAGAUGGGCAAUUGGACAAUCAGAAAAUUGAAUAGCGGGCAUUCGGUGACAUCAACUCGAAUCACUCUUGGGGAAAAAGUAUACUUGAGCCCGGCCGGGAUGAUUACGUUUAUAUAUCAGAGUGCCAUUUCGUUUUUGGCUUCCGGCACAGCAUUUGAAGAAAUCGACUUCUACUUGUGGCCGAGUGAAGAGCAGUUGCCCUUAAACUUACUCAAUCAUUUUGAUAUGGUUGAACAUGGACGAUGGGUGACCGUCAAGAUGCAAGCAAACUAUAAAUGGAUCGAUCAACGAAAUCGAGAUCGAUCAACGAUCGAUCAACGAAGCGAGUAUCGCUGGAUAAUCGGUCCACCGGCUGGCAUCGAAUCACAUCCAGAACGAGAAUUGGCACUUUACAACGAUGAUCAACCAUUUGUUGAGCAAUUUCUCUUCUCCGAUCAAUACAGCUUUGACAUACCGGCUGGAUGCGCUCCGGGUCUAGCCAUUAACACAUCUGCGGAAUGUCUUGAGCUACACGAGCGAAAGCAAAAGCUUUGUGAUGGACAAAUAUUUGUGGCUUCGAAUGGUUACGGUACACCGGCCAAGCUCGAGAAGAACGAGGAUUUUGACGGUGCAAAUGACGUCAAUUAUACGAUCACAUGCGAUUCAUGGCCGGUCAAUAUCACCAUUGAAGUGACGUCGAUUGGUAAUGGGAAGCUGUCAUACGAAUUUUUGACUCUAGCGGGCAAUGAUGUACUGAUCACGCCAAAAACCAAACAAGCAUUCAACGAUUCAGCGUCGGCUGUUCGCGGAAUAACGAUUUAUUGGAACGUGACAGGAAAGCUUUUGACGAUGAAUGGACUACUUAUGAAGGUGCAUUUCACAAAAAGUGACCCACAUCUAGCAACAACAAGCGAAAUUAAAGUCCAGAGAGUCAAGCGCGAUUCCUCGGGUUCAUCAACAACUCCUCCGCCUUAUACUUAUUGCUACCUGCCU